UCACCUCCCGCCACAAAGAUACAACCUCACAACCUGCGGCGUUAUUUUUUAUUGCAACUGUAAUGAGGUAGUCUUAUCGACAAUAGUCAACAUUGAUUUUGAAGCCCCGCCUCGCACUGGAGGUUGGAGAUAUCCUACACUGAGCGCCAGUUGUGACAUCCUCUUCACUAAUCGCAUCCUGGGCUUGUCAUUAACGAUGCGUAUCGGGCAAUAUCUUUGCGACUAUUCUGCAAUAUAAAACUAGAAUUUACCGCAUUGACUGUGCUUUCUUUUUUCUGACGACAUCCAGAGAGGGGCUGUUUUGGUGGAGAUCAACAAGUGAGGUUCUUUCCUGUCAUCUGGACUGAGCCUGAUGUAUGGUUUGAAGAAUUUAAUCCCAACAACUAGGUUAUGGGCACAUAUUUUGAGGAGAAAUCGUUUUAUGUUCCGUGAACCUAUAUUUGCCUCCAAGAUUUUAUGUUUCUAUCGCUCUUAUUUAAAGGUCAUUUAGUUCAUUGUUUGUAAAAUACGUCUGAGAGAGAAAAAAUUCGAAGGAAACCGUCUAACCGAAUAGAGAAAGAGGCAGAAAGAUUGUCAGCAGCUGCAGUUCAACAGACAAAAUGGAAAACAGAAAAAACAGCAACGUCAUUCCUCCUAAUCGAUUUCAAGUAAUAACCGUCGGGUGUGAGAAUGAGGCUUUCGAAACUGACGAAAAACUGACCUACCCACCCGUCGGUCGAAUGGGCCAGCAAUCUCGUCUCAGCGUGCCGGACUUUUUGGCAGUGGUCGUUCCAGGGCGGCGGAGAACCUCUUCUCUGAAUGUACAAGAAAACGCAGACGGUUCGGGUGUUACGAGGAAGACGAGCCGAGCUAAUUCCAUCUUCACAGAGAUUUUUGCCAACUCCGAUUGCCAUCUGGUGGACUACAACUCAGAAGCCGCUCCUCGGCUCGAAAGUUACAGAAACUCCUUAACAGCUCAUGGCAUCAUCACGAGACCCACCCUAGAAGCACUUCAUGCAUCCGAACAGGAUGACUGCCGUCCUGUUCUAACUGCAGGAAAAGGGGGCAAUAAAGGAGCUGUAAAAUUCGGUUGGAUCAAAGGAGUUUAUAUACGAUGUCUCUUGAAUAUCUGGGGCGUUAUGCUCUUUCUUCGAAUGGGUUGGAUGACUGGACAAUGUGGAAUAAUCUUGGCCAUUGUCAUCGUUCUGCUGUCGACUGUAGUCACCGUCAUCACCACACUUUCCAUGUCGGCCAUCUGCACAAACGGGGAUGUCAAAGGAGGAGGAGCGUACUAUAUGAUAUCUCGAAGUUUAGGCCCCGAGUUUGGAGGUGUGGUUGGCAUCCUGUUAUUCCUCGCCAAUGCUGUUUCUGGCGCCAUGUACAUUAUCGGUGCGGGAGAGGCCAUCAGAGACAUACUUAAUGAAGUGGGCAAAGGCAUCGUGGAAUUUCCCAGCGGAGUCAACGAUAUUCGUGUGUCCGGCAUCAUUUGUCUGCUCCUCAUGAUGUCCAUCACUGGCAUCGGAAUGGCCUUCGAGAACAAGACUCAAAUGGUGCUUCUGGUCAUCUUGUUGGUGGCUAUGAUGGACUAUUUUGUUGGAGCUUGCUUUCCUCCUACAGAUGAUCAAAAAGCGCAAGGAUUCAUGGGAUGGAGCCUGCCCGUGGGCUUAGCCAACAUGGGUCCCGAUUUCAGAGACGAGACUUUCUUCAGCGUUUUCGCGGUCUUCUUCCCUUCGGUGACGGGCAUCCUGGCGGGCGCCAACAUAUCAGGGGACCUCAAAGACCCUUGCAGCGCCAUUCCAAAGGGAACCCUCUUAUCCAUUGCAACGACGUCUGUAAGUUACAUCCUGCUCGUCGUCUGGCUUGGCUUCACCACGGUGCGGGAUGCCAGCGGCGAUCUAUCCGGCCUCGUGAACGAAACGUUUCCCAACUGCACUUUCGAGCCGUGCAAGUAUGGAUUGGAGAAUAAUUAUCAGGUGAUGAAGAUGUCGGCGGCAUUCGGUCCUCUCAUCUAUGCCGGGAUUUUCGCCGCCACUUUGUCUUCGGCUCUCGUCUCCAUUGUCAGCGCGCCCAGAAUACUUCAGGCACUCUGCGUGGAUGGCAUCAUUCCAUGGCUGAACUGGUUCGGCAAAGGUUACGGGAAGGACAAUGACCCCAGGAGAGCACUGGCACUCACCUUCGUCAUUGCAGUGGUUUUCACAGUCAUCGGCGACCUCAACGCAGUAGCUCCGAUUAUUUCCAAUUUCUUCAUGGCAGCAAAUGGACUCAUAAAUUUCUCUUGCUUCCAUGCUUCCUAUGUGAAAUCUCCAGGAUUUCGUCCCGGUUUCCGAUACUACAACCUCUGGCUGAGUCUGCUCGGAGCGCUCCUUUGCGUGGUCAUCAUGUUUGUCAUGAACUGGAUCACGGCCUUGGUCACCGAUGUCGUCGUCGUUGCCCUAUACAUCUACAUCUCCAAGACCUGCCCAGAAAUAAAUUGGGGAUCAUCAUUUCAAGGAUACUCCUAUAGGAAUGCUCUUCACUAUUUGAAUAAAUUAACAAGAAUCGAGGAACACGUGAAAAACUAUAGGCCCGCCAUUUUGGUGCUGUCAGGCAACUCGAGCAGUCGACCACAAUUGGUGGAUUUUGCUGGACACAUCACAAAAGACAUCGGUCUUCAAAUAUGUGCCCACAUUUCGAAAGAACCACUGAGCUGGAAGACGCGGUGCCUUCUCCAAGAGCUGAACUCCAAAUGGCUGACGGAACGCAAAGUAAAAGCCUUUUAUACUUUAGUGGAGGCAGAUUCUUUCGAAAAUGGAGUCGCAGGCCUCAUUCAGACUGCCGGAGUAGGAAAGAUGCGCCCAAACAUUUUAUUGAUGGGGUUCAAAGAAAACUGGCAGACCUGCGACAUGAAAGAGACGCUGGACUACUUUCACGCUAUUCACCAGGCGGUUGACGCCCACAUGUCCUUGUGCAUCCUCCGCAUGCCAGGAGGCACGGAUUAUUCUCCUUACUUCGAAACCCCGGAGGGUCUGCCCAUACUCCAGAGCUACGACCAGAAAGGAAAGGUCGAAACAUCCUUCCAGACUCCAGAGCUCAAAGUGACUCUAGAAACGGUACUGGAAGAAAGCCUAGCGAGCAAUGGCACUCCGCCUCCUUAUCGUAUUGUGUCUGCCGAAGAAGCUCGAAUUGACCUGAAGAUGGCUAACCUCUUCCAUGACAAACAGACAAAGGGUAACAUCGACGUCUGGUGGCUCUACGACGACGGAGGCCUAACCGUUCUGCUGCCCUACAUCCUAACCACUAGAGCGGAGUUCAAAGGAUGCAAACUGCGUCUCUUUUCCGUGGCUCAGGACAACACAGAGAUCAGCGACGAGCAACGCAACUUAGCAGCCUUGCUGCAAAAAUUCCGCAUUCCUUUUACAGACUUAAUGGUCAUUUCUGCGGAAGGGGAACCUCUACACAAAGAAAGCACCGAGACAUUUAGGAAGAUGAUUUCUAAGUUUCUAUCAAAAGAUGAAUCAACAAAAGAUCCGGGGACAGUCACCAGAUCCACUUUAAACACUUUAAAAAAUAGAACAAAUCAAUUUUUGAGACUUCGUGAACUUUUAGAAAAAUAUUCCAAGUCUUCAAAUAUGAUCAUUAUGACAUUGCCUCUUCCCAGGAAAGACGGGGCUCCCGCCCCUUUGUAUAUGGCUUGGUUGGAUAUACUGACCAAAGAUCUGCCACCAUUCCUUUGGGUCAGAGGAAAUCAAACUUCAGUGCUUACCUUCUACUCGUAAACUUUCUCCUGUCUAACACUGCAUUCUGCAUUCAAGAAUUAAUUAUCAUUAGUUGGCGCAUUAUCAUUGAAGACAACCAACGACUCAGUGCUUUUAAAGUAUCUGUUUCUCGUCAAGUACCUCGAUGAAAUUUAGUAACUGUCCUUUGAAGGUAUCCUAUUUGGCUCAUCCUCAAGUGUGAAAAGUGUUGUUAAGUUGCACAGUGGCCUUGGAGACAACUUGCAUUUAGUAACUCUUUAGUCUUAAAGACAUUUUUUAAUAGAAGUCUUAUUAGAACCAUCUAUCAUGCCUUUGCAAGAAUUAAUGACCCGAAUUCAAAAUGUCACUGCAAAAUAGGCACCUGAUGUAUUCAUUUGAAAUUUACAUACUUUAAGAGAUAAUCCAUUCAAAUUUUUUAUGUAAGAAUCGCAGAUUUUCAGUAUACCCUUUUUUAUGCGCAUAGAUGGAACGCAAUUCUUCCAAAAUCUUCUGCUACGUAUCUCCGUCGACACAGGAAAUAACCGCGCUCUAAGCAAACCAAUGAUACGCGUUGAGCCACACCCUCGAUAAGAUGCAAUAACAUCGCGCUCUGCUGAUAGAUACAAAGGAUUUUUGAUUUGGCUACCCCAGUCUCGAUGCAUGGAUGUAUUAUAUGCCUCUGUGUCGAAUAUCAUUUCGAAGGCUUUUACCAUGCUUACUACUGACAGCAUCAAAAGAGACUGUAUUGGAGAGUUUGGCAGAAAUUCGAUGUUUACCGUACACUAAAAGAAGCAUAUAUUUAACAUUUGUGAUGCUUACAUCCAAAAAUUACUUCUGCAGUAUUUAUAUUUCACAUAAAUGCAGCAACUUGUUGUUGCACUGUAAAGCUUUGAUACAGGAGCAUUAAUUUUUAUUUCUCCUAUAUUCAGUGACUGUUUUGUAGUUAUAGGCUGCAUGGUCUUCGGGUGUUUUCAUGUUCAAACAAACUCUUUCUUACAAUUAGGGUGAUUGUCUUAUGCUUUCAAUCAUCAUCAUCUACCGGUUUUAGACAUAUUGGAGAAGAAUUUGAAUCAAAUGGAAUUUCCGCUCGAUGUUCCUUAAAUUAUACCUUACAUUAUCUUACCUUAAAACCACUCGAUGGAAAUUAUUUAGUUGUUUAAGCUAAGAAUAUACUUUUAUG